CUCUUGACUUUUCCAAAUCAACAUGGCUAAGAAAUUUACGUAUUUUAAUAGCAACUAACUUUCCGUCUAAGUCUCCAGAAUAUGUCUGACAAGGAUAAAAAAGAUGAACCGGAACAGUUGGAUGAUGAUUCCAGUGACGACGAUGCCAACCAGACCGAUGCCAGAGAUCAGUAUUCCAAUCCUACCAUCAGUGCAUCACCCUCGAUUCUGCGACACCCCAACGCUCCCCGGCCUGAUAUUUCGAGUGCCCCCUCGGUGGUCAUUGCGUUGCCAAGUAGCGAGACGGUCGUCGCGACCGAGGAAACUCCGGAGGAGCGACUCCGGCGAAGGAUGAGAUUUCUCGAGUUGCGGCGUGAGCACUACAACUACGUCAGUCACAGCGAGCAAUGCAACAUGGCGGACACGGAGGAUGAAGAUCACGCGGAGAGUCACCCAAAGUGUGAAGAGAAUUGCAAGCCCAAAUAGAGAUUGGUUAAUUAAAACUACCUAA